GCAGAGUUUUCAAGUUCCCGCAUUUUUACAACUUGAUGUACCGACUUCAUGGAACGAAACAAGAAUUUGGGAAUAUCUCCAAGACCUGAGAUUGAGCGGAACGUCCGAUUCAAUUAUAAAAAUAAUUGCUGUAGCCCGUGAGGACCUUAAUAUGUAUACAACGAUGGAUAGUGCAGUAAUUGGAAAUGCAAAUUCACUUAAAAGUGAAAUAAACACAAUAUUGUCUGGAAUGCUUUCAGAGGUGGCAAUUGAUACAACACAAAUGGCUGAUAUAUCUGUCAAUGUAACAAUACCAGGAAAUUUGAGUGCUGAAACAUUAUGUGAUGAAAAGAUAACAACUAUUUAUGAUAAAGUGUUAGAGGAAUUGCGUCGGAAAUAUUCAAUCAGUGAAAAAAGCAGACAUUCUCAUUUUACUGAAGAACAGUCAAGAAUAACAUAUGAACCUAAAGGAAAUGACAUGGAGAUGCAUAAGGAAGAAGUAGUAGAAAUUCAAGACAAUCUUUCAGAUGUUCAAGAUGACAAAACAAGAACCACGGCUGACAAUCUUGAGAUUGGUGAGAUGAAUAGGGAAGAUGUGGUAGAGAAGACGAAAAAACGUUUAUCUAUUCACAAUAGAAAUUCAACAACUCAAGCUGAAUUUAUUGACAUGGUUUCAACGGAAAAAACAAACUACUGCAAGCUAGUGGCAUUGCUAGUCGAUACUGCAUGUCAUGUUAUCUGGACAUAUAUGAGAAAACAAAUACUUGGUUCCUCUAGUUUUGAGUCAUUUCUAAAUAUGAUCGAGGAAAAGCACAAAUUGAUUCACGCGUACGAAACAAAUGAAUGCUGUAAAUGUGUGUUUGAAUUGAUAAAAGGUUCAAAAUUAAUCUCCAGAAAGCAGUUACUUAUAUUGUAUAAAUCAGAUGUAUCUAAACAGAUAAAAAAUCACGCAAAAUAUAUCGACGGGAAAGUUGUCCGAGUCUGUACCUGUAACUAUGUUGCAAUAAAAGAUAUAGAUGUGAAAACCAUUGAUAUAACACUUGCAAGCCAUAUUAUUUUAAAAUGUGGAAAACAAGAAUUAGGGCUACAUAAUUGGAUAACGCAAAUAAAAGAGGUGCGCAAUGAGAUAUUCCAUAUAUCAGAUAUGCAAACAGUUUCAGAUAACAAAUUUAACAGGAAAUGGGAAAAGGUUAAAGGAUCUAUAUUGGGAAUAGCUCAACUUAUAAACUGUAAAUUUGCAGAAAUAACCAAGAAAAAGAUCCAACAAACUAAAACGAUUACUUGUAUUCCUGAUUAUAUGCUGAAGUAUGAGAUUCUUUGUCGUGACUACUGGAGAAACAAAUGUGCCGAAUUUGAGAGAGCUCAGAUUGAAAAUUUCCCAAAUCAAGCAGAGGCUCUUCACAUACACUGUCCAAAGGUCUGCAGUACAUCCAUUGGAAGAGAUUCCCAGAAAACCAUGGAGGAAAUACAAAAUAUUCAUACUAUUGUUGACAACAUCAAUAUACUGAUCAAAGUUUUUGGGAAUGAACAAGACAUGAAUACAUUAAUGGAUAUAGAAUCAAUGAAAAAAGACUAUCAGAGAGUCCAUGUUCCCGUUUUCAUGCAACUUGACCUACCAGCUUCAUGGAACAGAACCACAGUUUUGCAAUAUCUCGACGAAUUGAGGUUGAACAGAACAUCUGAUAUGAACAUACGAAUUAUGGCAGUUUCACCUGAUGACCUUAAAGUUAUUUCAGAGAUGGCAAGGACCGUUCUUAGAAAAGUAGAUUUACUUAAACAAGAAGUCAACAUGAUUAUUUCUGGAAUGCUUGCAUAUGCAGCAAUUGACACGAAACACAUUGCUGAAGUUGCAGUUAGUCUAACAAUACCAGAGAUUACAGAUUCGAUACCAUUUCAGUUGUUUUUCAAGCCUGAUAUUCAACUAAGAUCAAAGUUUCAACUACAAUCAAUUCGAGAUUUCGGAAAUCGUGAUUGUACAAUCACCAAUGACUUUUUGGUGUUUACUGAUCAUGUCUGCAUUCGAUUACUCAUCUACAAUUUAAACGGAAGUUAUAUUCGAACCAUCCGAUUGUUUGCUAAACCUGUGAAAAUAAUGGUAACAAAUCAAAACGAUGUUGCUGUUUCAUAUUAUAAUAGAAUGGUUAUAUACAUUAUCAAUAUCAACACUGGACAAGUAAAGGAUAUUGUUGAAACACGUGGUAAUACUGGCGGAAUAUCUUAUCAAAACGGAUUGAUGUAUGCUGUUAUUGAUUACCAGACGAUAGAUGUAAUUGAUCUGACAGGAAAAUUAGUCCGAUCUUUAAAUCGACCUAAUAAUAACAUGCUUGAAUCAACGAUUGAAUGUUUAUCAGCUGAUACAGACAGCUUGUUCCUGACAUAUCCCUUAACUAAUACUAUAUACUGUUGUGACUUGAAUGGAGUAGACAGAUGGACAUUUACUGAUGAUAAUAUGCUUAAUCCGAGUGGGAUUACAACAGAUCAGAAUGGUAAUGUGUAUGUGUCUUGUUAUAAAUCAAACAAUAUUGUAGUGGUAUCACCUGAUGGUAAACAUUAUAAAGAACUACUUACUGAGAAAGAUGGACUGUAUAACCCGACAGGGAUAUAUUACGACAAGUUAAACGACUGUCUGCUGGUGUGUAAUGGUGGGAAUUGUAAUACAUUUCUGUUUGAUAUAAAACAUUCAGUAAAAAAAUGAUAGAAUGUGAUUUAAGUGAUAGAAUCUAUAUGUUUUUUUUAAUUACAUAACACAUUAGAAAAUAAACUUUAUCAGUUAAUGUCUGAUAUGCUACUUAACAGAUAUAUCAUGUU